UGACUCUUCUGCAAGGGCUUUGCGGAACACCGAAAGCAGGAAGGGGGCAAAGAUGGAAGCUCUUAGAAUUCCAGUGCUCACGCCUUGCUCCUUUGGAAGCCACUGCCUUUCGGAGCACCCUGGAGCUUCCAAGCCUCCGCUAAGCUCCUCCAAUAUGACAUCACGGAUUUUGCUACGACAGCAGCUCAUGCGUGAGCAAAUGCAGGAGCAAGAGCGCCGAGAGCAGCGACAGAAGCAGCAGGCGGCUCAGUUCAUGCAGCAGAGAGGGGCUGUGAGUCAGACACCUGCCAUCAACGUCAGCCUCCCCACCAGCCUUCCUCCCGCGACUCAGGUGCCAAUGGAAGUCCUGAAGGUGCAGACUCACCUGGAGAACCCCACCAAGUACCACAUCCAACAAGCCCAACGGCAACAGGUCAAACAAUACCUCUCCACUACAUUGGCAAACAAGCAUAACAACCAGGCGCUCAGCUUACCCUGUCCAAACCAGCCCAGCGACCACGUUAUGCCACCCGGCACUGGAAGCAGCGCACCCAACAGCCCAAUGGCCAUGCUGACACUGAACUCCAACUGUGAAAAAGAGGGCUUUUAUAAAUUUGAAGAGCAAAGCAACAGGGCCGAAAAUGAAUGCCGGACUCUGAAUACACAUUCUCGAGUGUCAUGUAUGCAGAUGGACGAUGUAAUUGAUGACAUAAUCAGUUUGGAAUCAAGUUAUAAUGAAGAAAUCUUUGGUUUAAUGGAUCCUGCUCUACAAAUUGCAAAUACGUUACCUGUCUCUGGCAAUCUAGUGGACCUGUAUGGGAACCAAGGCUUGCCCCCUCCAGGACUUAAUAUCAGCAAUUCCUGUCCUGCUAACCUUCCUAAUAUAAAAAGGGAACUCACAGGACUUGGCCGUCUCGCUUCCCAACCUUCUGGAGAAGAUUUUGAGGGUGCAGGGUACACAGGGGUACACGAAAAAGGAGGAAUCUCUUCCUUUCCUGUUCUACUGAUGGAAAAUAUUCUGACAGAUGGAGGCUUAACUGAAUGCAGCCCAUUAUCCUCAGCAUGUGUAUUUCCCACAGAAUCAGAGGCAAGAGCUUUGGCCAAAGAGAGACAAAAGAAAGACAAUCACAAUUUAAUUGAAAGAAGACGACGAUUCAAUAUUAAUGAUCGCAUAAAAGAACUUGGUACUUUGAUACCCAAGUCAAAUGACCCAGACAUGCGUUGGAACAAGGGAACUAUUUUAAAAGCCUCUGUGGACUACAUUCGCAAAUUGCAAAGAGAACAGCAACGUACGAAAGAGCUAGAGAACAGACAAAAGAAACUGGAACAUGCUAACAGACACCUUUUGCUCAGAAUACAGGAGCUCGAGAUGCAGGCCCGAGCACAUGGGCUUUCCAUCAUCCCAUCUACUGGCCUUUGCUCUCCAGAAAUGGUAAACCGGCUUAUCAAACAAGAGCCCAUCCUUGACAACUGCAGCCAGGAAAUCUUGCAGCAACAUCACCCUGAGCUUUCUUCCACAACCACUCUUGACCUUACUGAUGGCACCAUCACUUUCAAUGGCAGCCUGGCAAAUGUGACAGAAUCGGCUCCAAGCACUUAUGCUGUCCCUACCAAAAUGGGAUCUAAACUGGAAGAUAUGUUGAUGGAUGAUACUCUGUCUCCUGCUGGAGUUACUGAUCCACUCCUAUCAUCAGUAUCUCCUGGGGCUUCAAAAACAAGCAGCCGACGGAGCAGCGUGAGCAUGGAGGAUACUGACCAUGCUUGUUAGUGGAUAUCAUUAGACAGGCCUCUCACAAACUUCUUCAUUUCUUGAUCAGUAGAUUAAAGUAAUUUGUUCUCUUUUUCCUAAUAUUUUAAUAUAAGUCUACAGAUAGCUUGGUGUAUGUGACUUUUUUAAUGUUUGAAGAGACUUGUAUAUUGUUUUAUAACUACCAGUGCUUCCAAAGUAUAGUACUGUAUCUGUGAACUAGAUUCAUCAAGGAACUCCAAAUGAUUUCAUCUCUUCUCAAAAGCAAUAGAAAUCUACAGAUCAGCAAGUCCAUGAUCCACUAAAGAUGAAACUUCAGUAUAACUAUAAGUAAAGUGACCUGGAAGUGAAAUGAAGAAGAAUGUAUAGAAACCAAAAAGAAAAUUAGCUUUGUAAAAACUAUUUUUCUGUUGACUUAAUAGUGCCUCCUUUUAAAAAUAUACAGUAUCUAUUAAUUCAUAUAAUCUUUCCCAUGGUGAUAGAUAAAAUAUGUGUAUCAACAGGUUACCUGUACAGAAACUGAUUUUAAAUACAGUUCAAGCUAGAUUUAAUGGAAAGGAGAGACCUCUAAAAAUUCAAUGACAUUUAAGUUUGUAUUAUUAUAAGUAUUAUACAUUGAGUGAGCAUUCUUCAAAACUAUGUCUCACCUUUUCAAAAAAAAUUACUUGUAAUAAUGGCAAGGAAUUUAUGUUUUAAAAAUACAAGACUUAAGACUUCAGAUUCAUAAUACAAACUUAGUAUUUUUCUGACAAUGGGGCAUAAAAACUUUAUUUCCCCUUUUUAAAAAAAUGCAUGGUACAAAUAGUUGAUUUAGAUUAAUUUUUCAAUUAUUUGAUUUAACUUUUCAUUCAGAAUAAUUAAAAAAAAUAUAUUUAUAAGAAAAUGCCUCUAGUUAAGCUAUCAAGUUUUUGACAGCUUAAACCCCAUUGAAAGAGAGCCAGUUUGAUGUAGUGGUUAAGGCACCAGACUAGAAACUGAGAGACCGGGAGUUCUACUCCC